CUGACUUCAAGUUGCAUACACAAGAAAUCUAAUUUGAUUUUAUAAUUCCCUUACUAAAUCAUACAAUAAACCCUUCUAAAAUCAGACAGCGAAUGAGCUGAUUAAACUAAGUACUUACGAGCGAUGGAACUCGUCUUUAACCGGUCUAACUUGCGUGCGAGCUAGAGGGACUCUGAAAGGGAAUCGAAGGCGGUCUCGAUGAAGAAUAACAGGAUAUGAUAACAUGGCCGUGCAAUCCGACUCUGGCGGGAAGGACGAUGUGAAGACUCAGUUCGUGACCCGGGAAGGGACGUACCGUUUGAUGACAUUAUCGGAGUAUUCCAGGCCCAAUCGUGUCGGGUACACUAGUGGGGCAGGUUCCACGCAUGUACGGGUCUCGCUGGUCUCAUUGCCCCCGGCGCCGCCGGGUGGAGCUCCCAGCUCCGACGGACCGUGCUCUGACGACAGAAUCUGUUUUAAUCACGGGAAAGAGCUCUAUGUUUACGUGUAUCGCGGAGUAAAGAAGGCAGCGGAUCUGACCAAACCAGUGGAUAAAAAGAUGUACAAAGGCACCAACCCUACAUGCCAUGACUUCAACACAGUCACCAUAACACCGGAGAGUGUCUCCCUAAUCAUAGGGUUUUCUACAGGACAAAUACAACUCAUAGACCCCAUCAAGAAGGAACUAAGUAAAUUGUAUAAUGAGGAGAGGCUGAUAGACAAGACGCGCGUGACGUGCAUCAAGUGGGUGCCGGGCUCCAGCAACCUGUUCGUGAGCGCGCACGCCUCGGGGCAGCUGUACGUGUACAACGAGGAGCUGACGUGCGCCGCCGCGCCGCCGCACUACCAGCUGUUCAAGCAGGGCGACGGCUACUCCAUCCACACGUGCCGCACCAAGUCCACCCGCAACCCGCUGUACAGGUGGGUGAUAGGCGCGGAGGGCAGCUGCAUAAACGAGUUCGCGUUCUCGCCUUGUGGGACGAACCUCGCCGUCGUCUCGCAGGACGGCUUCUUACGAGUGUUCCAUUACGACACCAUGGACCUUAUAGGGCGAGCGAGGUCGUAUUUUGGUGGCUUUUUGUGCGUCUGUUGGUCCCCCGACGGGAAAUAUGUUGUAGUUGGAGGCGAGGAUGACUUAGUGACAGUGUGGUCGUUUAGUGAAAGGCGAGUGGUGGCCAGAGGUCAAGGGCACAGAUCCUGGGUGUCGGUGGUAGCGUUCGACCCCUACGUGGUCAGCUUCACCGAACCGGAACACGAAGUUGAAGAGGACAAGAAAAGUGAAAGUGUACAGUGUUACAGGCUAGGAAGCGUUUCUCAGGACACACAGUUAUGUUUGUGGGAUCUCACGGAAGAUGUUCUAAGGCCGCCCGUAAGAGCGCGAGCGUCCGCCCAUUUAUCUCCGAACAGUCAAAACUUCUCCCCAAACGGGAUACCAGGGAAUAAAGCCCCCGUUAAAUGCGCGAAGACUAAUAAAAUCGGUCACAAACACGCGGAAUUAAGCGGCAACGCGACUGGUGAGCCGUCUGGGGCGAAACCCGUGGCGAAAGCGAAGUCGAAUAAUGUGUCGACUUUAAACAUUAGCGUAGGGAAAGCGAAGGAAGAAACUUCCGGGUCUCUAGGAGUCAAUUUCACGCAACGCCUCGCUGGAUUUUCGUUUGGGGAGCGACGGUCGGAUCACAGGCGAAACUUCAGUUUGACGAAACCGGCGGAGAAAUCCUCGACGAAUACUGUAGCUUUAAGGGGAAAAUCCGUCACGUCGGAUAGUUUCGACCCAUUGAAAUUGAUUGGGACGCCGUCCUGUCCAAGAUUCGACGAAUGUCCCGUACUGGAGCCACUUAUCUGUAAGAAAAUAGCUCAUGAGAGGUUGACAGCUUUGUUGUUCCGCGCGGAGUAUUUAAUAACUGCGUGCGCUGAUGGGUGCGUUAACACGUGGGCGAGGCCCGCAAAGACGCAGAACGGGGAUUCAAGGUCGAGACGAUCGGACAGGAUCGACCUUGUUGAUUAGGCGUUAGUUGGGCCUUAAUUCUCUAUGACAUCAGACGUAACUACGCACGCACUUUGUGACGUCAGUUUGACAGAAGAACUGUCAGGCAUGACGUCACAAAUUGCUAUUACGUUUGUUGAAUGUCUUAGCGAAUAGGGUCCCUGGUCGCAUUGUGAUAGUUCCGAGUAUUUAAUGUAACCCGUUACGGAGAAGUACUUUGGUAUUUUACAGAAGAACACUCCCGAAUUACUCUGCUUUGAAUUAUGUCCAUUAUUGUUGAUUUGACGGAUCGGGAAACAAUAAAGAUAGGUUGUUGUCACUAUGAAUAUCAGAAUUAACGAAAAGGUUUGAUUAGGAGUCGGGUGGGCAAAAAAUUAAAUAAAUAAAAGACGAAAGAAAGUUUGCCCGAAUUUUGAUCUUUCUAUUUUGAGCACCAAAUGUAGUGCGUAAAAAGGGGGAAAAAUCUAACGAUGCAAUGAUUUAUUUACUAAAUAUUUUUGCCCCGUAAACUGCAAAAGGGGUGUUCAUCUGUAUUUAAUACAAAAGUUCACUUAAUCAACGGGACUUAAUUAAAUUAGUAACGAAUAACUAUAGCCAGUGGCGUGCACUCUAUACAUGCACAAAAGCACUGCAUACCCUAACAUUGAUAUAUAACUCGUAUAGGAGGAUAAUUUGUGCCGUUUUAUGCAAUUUUCCUGGUGUAUGCAUACCCUGGUAGGAAACCUUGUGCACGCCACUGACUAUAGCACUGAUCCUCUUGCAGUCAUAACUAGGUAAAAUAAUUACUAUAACGUAAGAUCACUUUAUUAUAUUAUGUACAGCGU